ACCCUCAUCGCGCACAGUUCAUGCCUUCAAGGCGUAUAAAUAAAAAGGCGAAUGGAAGGCAGCAUGAUGCCCACCACCCUCCCUCCUCCCCUCGCGGUAGCUCAUUCCGCUGGGGAUGACGAGGAGGCUCAACCUAAACCAACAACAGCAACAGCAACAGCAGUUCCGGAAACUGAAACCAUGAUUCGCUCCUGGGAUCCUCAUGCUCUCUUCAGCGGUGGUGGAAUAAGCUUCUUCACUGGUAACCGAAGUGGGAGAUUCAGCUAUGGGUAUUCCAGUUUUAAGGGUAAAAGGGCAUCGAUGGAGGAUUUUUACGAGACAAGAAUUUCAGAAGUUGAUGGCCAGAUGGUUGCAUUUUUUGGUGUUUUUGAUGGUCAUGGAGGUUCCAGAGCUGCAGAAUACCUCAAGCACAAUCUUUUCAAGAAUUUGAGCAGUCAUCCUGAGUUUAUCAAAGACACAAAGUCAGCCAUUGUUGAAGCAUUUAGGCAAACGGAUACUGAUUACCUCAAUCAAGAAAAAGGCCAACAAAAAGAUGCUGGUUCAACCGCGUCAACAGCUGUACUACUAGGGGAUCGGCUUCUUGUUGCAAAUGUGGGAGAUUCCAGGGUCGUUGCUUGUAGAUCUGGUUCAGCUAUCCCAUUAUCGAUUGAUCACAAACCUGAUAGAUCUGAUGAACGCCAAAGGAUUGAACAGGCUGGAGGGUUCAUCAUAUGGGCAG